UCUGCCGGGUCGUGAGCAGCACAGUUACUGCGGAGCAGCCGCGCUCCUCUCCCCGCAGUGUGCGGCGCCACCCCCUCUCCUUGUUGAUGGUUUAGCCCCUGUGUCCCCCGUCCCUCCCCCUCUGGCCGGGCGGUGGUUCGCUCCGGGACCGCGCUCUCCGGAAGUGUUGGGGCAGCUCGCAGCACGGCUGGUUCCUGCCAGUUCCGACUGGACCCGAGUCUCUACAGCAGCCGCCAGGAAUUGGCUACAGUCAUCAUCAGUGCAGCGAAGCUGUAGGGAACGUGGUCUGACAAGAGUGAGAGAGCAGUGAUGGAAGGGAACUAAUGGAAUAAAAGAGAGCAGAAAAUAGGAGAGAAUCCAAUAAUCAACAUGUCUAGCAAAAGGGCAAAGACAAAGAUCGCCAAGAAGCGCCCUCAGCGUGCAACCUCCAAUGUGUUUGCAAUGUUUGAUCAGUCACAGAUUCAAGAAUUCAAAGAGGCCUUUAACAUGAUUGAUCAGAACAGAGAUGGGUUCAUUGACAAAGAAGACCUGCAUGAUAUGCUCGCUUCCCUUGGAAAGGAUCCCACUGAUGCGUACCUAGAUGCCAUGAUGAAUGAGGCUCCAGGCCCCAUUAACUUCACUAUGUUCCUUACAAUGUUUGGUGAAAAGUUAAAUGGCACAGAUCCAGAAGAUGUAAUCCGAAAUGCUUUUGCUUGUUUUGAUGAAGAGGCAACAGGGGUCAUUCAAGAAGAUUAUCUGAGAGAGUUGCUGACAACAAUGGGAGACAGGUUUACAGAUGAAGAAGUAGAUGAGCUAUACAGAGAGGCACCAAUUGACAAAAAGGGCAAUUUCAAUUACAUUGAAUUCACACGCAUCCUUAAACACGGAGCAAAAGACAAAGAUGAUUGAACAAAACUGCAGACACUUGCAGAUAACUUCGUGUUUUCAUUCAUGUUUAUUUCUCAGGGUUUUUGUGUUUGCUGGUAGAACCUGUUGCAUGCAGUUUAGCUUCACAGCUUUUGCCUUUCCAUGAAUUUAUGGAUUUCAGACCAUUAUGGCACACUUGCACCUCUGUAAUCAGACUGGAAAUGGGGGAUUUUAUUGUAGUGAAAAGGAUUUGGGGAUAAAGAUCAAUGAAUGUGAAGGCCAAGGGAAAAAGACCUAUUUCUGGAUUUUUACAUUUUUAUAAUAUCAUUUUGAAAUAAAGAUUGUUAUAUAAAUAAAAUACCUCAUUAAACC